AGCUGAAGUUCAGAUAAGGUAAGUCACCUGUCUAGGGUCACACAGCAAGAAACUGUGUCUGCAGCAGAAAACAGAGCUGUUCCUGCCCCCUUCCCCCCAAGGGGCUUCAGAACCCUGGAGGGCCCCAGCCCUCUAGCCAGGCUGGGCGGCUGCCUCCCUCUUAUCUCAGCCCAGGCUGCCUGCUGGUCCCACCCCCUCGGAGGAGCUUCCACUUGGAGGCGCCUGGCCGGGAAGGGCCUGGUCAGCUGUGUCCGGCGGAGGCAGCUGCUGACCCAGCUGUGGACUGUGCCAGGGGUGGAAGAAGGUGGGGCAGGAGUCCUGUGCCCCCACCCCCACCCCACCCCCGUGGCAGGGGCUGCAUCAUGGAUCACCUCAGGGCGUCCCUCUGUCCUGGAGUUGGCUCACUCUGCCUCCUGCUCGCUGGGGCCGCCUGGGCUCCCCCACCCAACCCACAGGAUCCCAAAUUUGAAAGCAAAGCGGCCCUACUGGCAGCCCGCGGGCCCGAAGAGCUUCUGUGCUUCACGGAGCGGUUAGAGGACUUGGUGUGUUUCUGGGAGGAGUCGGCAAGAGCCGGGGUCGGUCCGGCUGACUACAAUUUCUCCUACCAACUGGAGGGUGAGCCGUGGAAGUCGUGCCGCUUGCAUCAGGCGCCCACGGCCCGCGGUUUGGUGCGUUUCUGGUGCUCGCUGCCUACAGCCGAUACGUCGAGCUUCGUGCCCCUAGAGCUGCGCGUCAUUGCGGCCUCCUCGGGAGCUCCACGCUAUCACCGUAUUAUCCACAUCAACGAAGUGGUGCUCCUAGACCCUCCCGCUGAACUGUUGGCGCGGCGAGCCGAUGAGGGCGGCCACGUAGUACUGCGCUGGCUUCCGCCGCCUGGGGCACCCAUGGCGAGUCUUAUCCGCUACGAGGUGAACAUCUCGGCACAGAACGCCGCAGGGGGCUCGCAGAGGGUGGAGAUCCUCGAUGGCCGCACUGAAUGCGUGCUGAGCAACCUGCGCGGCGGAACGCGCUACACGUUCAUGGUACGCGCGCGUAUGGCCGAGCCGAGCUUCGGUGGCUUCUGGAGCGCCUGGUCCGAGCCUGCGUCGCUGCUGACCGCUAGUGACUUGGACCCCCUCAUCCUGACGCUCUCCCUCAUCCUCGUGCUCAUCCUGCUGCUGCUGGCCGUGCUCGCCCUGCUCUCCCACCGCCGGGCUCUGAAACAGAAGAUCUGGCCUGGCAUCCCAAGCCCUGAGAGCGAGUUUGAGGGCCUCUUCACCACCCACAAGGGUAACUUCCAGUUGUGGCUGUACCAGACUGACGGCUGUCUGUGGUGGAGCCCCUGCACCCCCUUCGCAGAGGACCCACCUGCCCCUCUGGAAGUCCUCUCUGAGCACUGCUGGGGGGUCACCCAGGUGGGGGAGCCAGGACCAGAUGAAGAGGGGGCCCUCCUGGAACCUGUGGGCAGUCAGCAUGCCCGAGACACCUACCUGGUGCUGGACAGAUGGUUGCUGCCCCGGAGCCUGCCCAGUGAGGACCUCCCACGGCCUGGUGGCGGUUUGGACACAGCAGCCGUGGAUGAAGCCUCAGAAGCAUCCUCUUGCUCCUCCGCUUCGGCCCUGAAGCCUGGGCCAGAGGGGGCCUCGGCUGCCAGCUUUGAGUACACCAUCCUGGAUCCCAGCUCCCAGCUCUUGCGCCCAAGGGCACUGCCCACUGAGCUGCCCCCCACCCCACCCCACCUCAAGUACCUGUACCUCAUGGUGUCUGACUCUGGCAUCUCAACUGACUACAGCUCGGGGGGCUCCCAGGGAGCUCAGGGGGGCUCAUCCAAUGGCCUGUACUCCAACCCUUAUGAGAACAGCCUCGUCCCAGCCUCCAAGCCUUCACCCCCGAACUAUGUGGCCUGCUCCUAGGACUCCAGUCCUCAGGUGCUUGGGGGACCCAGUGUGAUCUCAAGUGCUACUGCAGACCCAAGAUUUAUCAGGCAGCGUCAGUGUGGCCUCCCUCAGGACUAGAGGCGUUGCUGACCUUGGCUUUCGGCUCAAUUCAUCCUACUCAAAAAGUCACAACCUUGCAGUUAUUUUUACAUGUACAGUUUUCUAUGUAGAUAUAUAUAUAAUAUAUAUAAACACGUAUAA